AUGGCUCGGACGAGCCCGCCGAAUGCUACGGACGACGUGACAGAAAUCGAGGACAGUCCGCAAGAACUAUACCGGAUCUCCCAGACGAGGCUCGACCCUGGAUCUGUGGAAGCUUUGACGCCCCCUAGUAGUCCGCGUGUAGCUCCUUCAAAUCUUAUCACAAAAGAAGAGCUGAGAUGGUUGUUAGCGGAAGUAUUGAGAAUUCAAAGCGCGCAACCUACUGUGGACGGGAAAGAUCCUAUCAGCAACGAGAAGACCGACGGCCAACACAUUGCCCGACGGAUAAUUCGUACCUCAAAAGUGGAGUACAAGACGGUCAACGAAGUAUGGGAUUCCGCGAAGUAUGAAUAUAAGAUCGUCAAUUCUACCCCAGUUCCGGACGUCCAUGAAUUAGACGAAUACAUAUUUGUGAUUCGUAAACGCAGUCACGAGCAGACUAAAGAGCUCAUUGUCUAUAUUGACACCAAAUCACCGGGAUUAAGAGAUAUCAAAUCAGCGAACCUCGAUGCGGAUCGGCCUGCGAUCGAACGUGAUCUUUUAUAUCACUACCUGGAUGAGUUAAGAGAGUAUCGAAAGAGGUUUCACUCCCAAGAAGCGACCUCUGAUGACGCUAUGCUUCACCUAAGCAAACUUGUGCAGUACCUUGAAGAAACCUAUGCACCGGUAGUAGAACAAUUGAAGUUGCUCCUAGAGUCUCAAAAAAUCACCUGGGAUCUCUUGUGGGCUCUGUUUAAACCAGAGAAGCAGUUUUUGCGACUUACCCGUCUACCGGGUUGCCCCGAUGCAUUCGGUACGAUUAUAGUGAGAGAAAAACAAUCAGAGGCCAUGAAUUUUUUGAAGUCAACGGACGCUAUCUCGAUUAUGACGGAGAGAUCUUCGGUGAAUCCGCCGAGACUCUGCAGACCGCACAUUUUCACCGAUUCCAUCUUUCCACAUCAAAUAGACUACCCGGUUCACGUAGCGGGCGACAUUUAG